GCAGACGAAGAAGUCAUCUUAAACUGAGUGGAUUGGGGGUGGGGAUUUCCUCCUCUUUUCAUUGCCACUGGACAUUAUCGGCGAAAGAUCACCUGUCGCUUUAACCCGUAAGGGAGUAAAGAAGUGAUUAUUUUAUUUAUUUGUAACCGGUGGAGGCGUGAUCACGGAGAAUGAUACUGAGAGGAGCUGCCAGGGUUUGGAGGACAAGGCUGAGUUUGGGCUGGAAACUCAGAGACUAGAUUUUAAAAAAAAAAUUGGCACAACUUCCCGUGUCUAUCUCAGUGUCGUUCGGUUUCACUCUAUGGACAGAUCCACAAACCUGGACAUUGAGGAGCUCAAGAUGACACGAGAACAAUAUAUACUGGCAACACAGCAGAACAGCCUGCCAAGAAUUGAAAAUCCACAGCUUUAUCCAGUGGGAAUUUAUGGAUGGCGAAAGAGGUGCUUAUACUUCUUUGUCCUUCUGCUGUUGGUUACCAUGAUAGUUAACUUAGCAAUGACAAUAUGGAUUUUGAAGGUUAUGAAUUUCACUGUGGUGGACCAGGGGAGUGAGCAGGGAGUAGUCAACAUCUCCCAUGCCAUCCUCCUGACCCCAUGUGACCCACCAGUGCAGGAGGACCCACAAGGACCUCCAGAGGGAAGACAUCACUGCCCUGUGAGCCCUACAGUGUUGUGUGGACCAGCAGGACUGGAGACUCGAGGAGAAUCUCCAGCUGCGCCAUGA